AUGCACUUUAGUAACCAGAUGGGCUACCAGGGAUCCAGUCGCUACUCAUCCACAAUCAGGGCUGCCACCACGGUCCUGGACAGUCCCGAUCACUACGCCAUUGGGUGGAUCGCCGCCCUUUCCAUUGAGGCGGCUGCCGCGGUAGCCAUGCUUGAUGAGGAACACGGUCCGCCAAGCGGCUUUGUUCGACAUCCCAAGGACUCAAACGUUUAUAAGUGGGGCCGAAUGGGAGAACACAACAUCGUCAUCACGUCGCUCCCUGCAGGCAUCUUUGGAACGACGUCGGGGCAACGACAGCCUUUGACCUCCUCGCAUCAUUCUCAUCCAUCAACGGCAAAUCCAAGAUGGCAAAGGGCACAAAGGCCAAGCCAAGCUACGGACACCAGGGGACCGAGAACGACCGGCUAUUCCAGCCAGCCUUUGAGCACGCCAACGGUCGAGAUUGCGGAAGCUGCGACAGCAGCGAGGAGGUACAACGCCAAGAACGGGAUUCGACAGAUCCAGAGGUUCACUAGGAAUUGUCGCUUCUGGUAUCAGGCUCGUCGAGGAUGCUGCUACUCGCGACCGGAUCUUGAAAGCCGUCGGUGA